AUGUUGACGGGGAACACCCCGGUUGAGGGGCAGAGGCAGCCGAGGAAAGUCCGAUUUCGCAUCGCGUCUUCUCACAGCGGGCGCAUCCUGAAGGAGGUCUACACCAAUGGAGAAACAUCAGAUUCCUUGGAUUCAGAGUGUACCAGCUCGGAGAGCGACCCCAACAGCCGCUUCAGCGAGUCAGACGGACAGAACCACGGACAGGCUGGCUCCGAAGGCGACGAGAAUGAGACGGAGAUGGAUGCGAUGCUCGCAUUGGUGAGGGCCGCCAAAGAAAGAGGGUUUGGCUCCAAACGAAUCAAGAUCCUCAGCAAGAAUGGGACAGUGAGAGGAGUGAAGCAUAAAGUCAGCGCUGGCCAGGUCCUUUUCGACAACUUAAGCAAAGCCUUUGAGUUAUCAUCUGUUUUGGAAAAUGGGCGCAUCGUCAUUUACACCACCAGCCUCCGGGUGGUGAGAACCACUUUCGAAAGGUGCGAAUUAGUUCGGAAGAUCUUCCAAAAUCACCGUGUGAAAUUUGAAGAGAAAAACAUUGCAUUGAAUGGAGACUAUGGGAAGGAACUGGGCGAGAGGUGCCGGAAGGUGGGAGAAGCUCCCUUGGUCCCCGUUGCCUUCAUUGAAGGCCAGUAUCUGGGGGGUGCUGAGAAAAUUUUGUCAAUGAAUGAAUCGGGUGAGCUGCAGGACCUUUUAACCAAAAUUGAGAGAGUUCAACACCCCCAUGAGUGCCUCUCCUGUGGGGGCUUUGGUUUCCUUCCAUGCUCGAUGUGCCAUGGGAGCAAGAUGUCCAUGUUCCGGAACCGUUUUACAGACUCUUUCAAAGCCCUCAGGUGCACCGCCUGCAACGAGAACGGCUUGCAACGUUGCCAGAACUGCAUGAGCUGA